AUCUAUGGGUUAGGUUGCUCCAAUUUUGUUUAUGUCAAGUAACAGUCUUGUAAAAGUUUCAGAGAUAAAGGAAAACUCACUUGGUAAAACACAAUAUUUAUUUAAAAUUAUUCUGUACCUUUAUCAAUAAAAUAAAUUAUCACUGUAAUCGGUAGUAUUAAAAACACAAAUAAUGAGAACGAUAAAAAAUGUACAAAAAUAUUCAACAAUUAUAGUGAACUUUUAUUUGUGAUCAGAAUUUUUAGAAGACACCAAGGAAUGUACCAAUUCUACAUCGCAGUGUUUAAAACAAUCUAUAUACGGAAAAACAAAAACUUUGAUUAAUUUAUGUGAAGUGUCUUAAGUGAUUUAGUUGUCCAAUAACGAAAGUUAAUAAGUGAAUUCUAAUAUGAAUAGUAGCAAUAUUGAAUCAGAUGGAGGGCCCCUACCUAAUCAAAUUAUAGAAAUCACGGGAGGCCCAAAAGUAGAGAAGACUGAUUUAUUGAUAGACUUUAUUGUUAAAUGUAUUUUACCAAACAAACGUCCAGAAUGGAAAUCAUCGGGAGCCGUGUUAAUUUUAUGUGAGCAUCAAAUAAACAUGUUCAAGAUUAUUAAAGUUAUUGAAACUCAUCUAAAAAAGAAUAAUGUGGCAGAUCCAACGAAGGAUAUUUUGAAAACUUGUUUAAAGAAUCUGUCGAUAUUCAACUGUUAUAGUGCUGAAGAACUAGAUUUAACAAUUAUGAGCUUGGAAAGGUUCAUUUUAGCAAAAGACGAUAUAAGUUUGAUUGUUAUAGAUAACAUCACCAGUUAUUAUUGGUUAGCAAAAUUGAAUUGUAACAUGUUGAGUUACUAUCAACAUGCUAUGAAGAUUUUCCAAAAAGUUUAUAGUGCAAUAAGAAAUUUAAACGUUCUGUUAAUUUAUGGAAGAAGUGAUAAGAUAAACAAUGGUAAUAAGAAAGGUUUCCAAAAUAUAGAUUAUAGAAUAGAUAUUCAAGAUGGUGAGAAUGAGUGUUUGAAAGCUUGCCUAAUGGAUUUUGAGAAAGAAAAGAUGAUUAAUGUCAACUUGAGAAAAGAUAUAAUUUUGGAAUUUAUUUGAAUUUUUAAAGUAAUUUUUGUUCCUAGUUAUCAUUAAAUCAAUUUUAUAUUAUACACCAUCAACUCCCGAUUUUCUUAAUCCUUGACUUAAAAGUCAGGGGCGGAUCCAGGAAAGGGAGAUCCUCUCAAGCAGACCAUGUUGGUACAAAAAAAAAAUAAAUAAAAAUAGAAGAAUCAACCUUGGUUUAAACUAAUAUUAAUUUAUUUAUAAAUCAAUAUAAUUAUUCACAAUGCUGAUAAUAUUUGGUGACUUUUUUUGUAAUUCUUGGCUGUCACUACCUCAACACAUAUCUCUGGAUUCGCCCCUGAAAAAAGCUAUAUUUCUAUAAUAAACUGGUAGUUUAGUACCUCAAUAGAACGCGCUGUCCCCAAUAUACUGCUUUGUGGCACUCAUUAUCGCCUUUUUGGGAUGUAAACCUGGUUCCCCAGUACCUCAUUUGGCGAGAGUUGCUCCCUUUUGCGUUUUGGAUUAUAAUAUAGGAAUUAUUUUCCAUAUCUAGCAUUCAAAAAAUUGUUCUGUAAAGUGACGUUGUGAGGUAUAACCUUAGGAUGCUCAACUCAUUACAGAGUUGACCAGAAACUUGGAUAGCUUAGAGCUUUUAGCAUAAGAAGAAAAAACACAUGAGUUAUGAUGAAUCCACGACGAUUAUUGUAUAACACCUCUCUGAAGAACGUGACAUGUAGAGAUCUUUUUGUUUAUGUCGACAUCUGUGAUAACUCACAAUUGAUAGAAGAGAUUGAUUGAUUUCGAGCUUUUUGGGUCUCUUCAGGACAGUGUAAUACUCACUUUCAAAAAAUUGAGGAUUCUCAAGCUGAUUGACGGAUUAUUUAUUAUUUAAUGCAAAUGAUGGGAAAUUAACUGAAUACACUAAUAGAGUACUUAUAAUUCGAAGAAAUGUUUGAUAACUUAGUCCCUGGUCAAGAGUCAGGUUCUUAUUGCAUUUGUUUGGGUUUUCACAAACUUCUUAAUGAGUUUUUAUGUGAAAUAUUUUUUUUGAACAAGUAAAAUUUUUUAAUAAAAAAAGUUUAUUGGUCGCGUCCAAAUUUGUCCUAACAUUUAAUAAUAACAUAUUUACAAUAAAAACUUUCGAUACAAAGUUGAAUUAAAUAAAAUACCUAACUACUAACAGGAUAAUCUGAAAUAAACCAUCAUCUGAAGCUAAAACUUUCCAAUAUUUUAAAAAUAAAUAUAGUUCCAUUGUUGUCUUAUUUUAUUCCAGAUCAACCUGUAUAUUAUUUACAAAAAAAAUAACUGUUAAUGUAACAAUGUUCAAUUUCAACCUACAAUAACUUUUAUCGAUUUAAAAGUUCUUUUUAGAUAUAAAAUUAAAUAUUAUUGCACUAUCAGUAAAUUCAAGUUGAAUACGUUCCGAUCCACAAUAUUCAAAUAUUUAUAUGUAUAUACAAAAUAAUUACAAAAAAAUAUGUACAAAAUUUUUUACAAAGUAAAAAAAUCAUCCAUUCGAA